AUGUCGUCGUUGGCCAGCAGCCCGCUCGACGAGCUGAGUCCGAUCAGCAGGCGAUCUCGUCGCCGCAGCUCGACGGUCCUGAAUCCACGAUUCUAUGUCGACAACUCAAUAUGGAAGGAGGCGCCCGUCCUCAUAGGCACGACCAAGUUCAAGCCGCUGCCCGAUGCGCGCAACAUCAUGGUCACCGGGGGCGCGGGCUUCAUCGCGUGCUGGUUCGUCCGACACCUGACGUUGACGUAUCCCGAAUACCGCAUCUACUCGUUUGACAAGCUGGACUACUGCGCGUCGCUCAACAACACGCGCAUCCUCGACGCGGCCCCGAACUUUACCUUCGUCCAGGGCGACAUCACCUCGCCGGCCGACGUGCGGCGCUGUCUCCGCACCCACGACAUCGACACCAUAGUCCAUUUCGCCGCGCAGUCGCACGUCGACCUGAGCUUCGGGAACUCCUACCAGUUCACCAACACCAACGUAUACGGCACGCACGUUCUGCUCGAGAGCGCAAAGGCGCACGGAGUCAAGAAGUUCAUCCACAUCUCCACCGACGAAGUGUACGGAGAGGUCGAGGAAAAUGGCGACGAUCUGGGCGAAACCAGCCUGCUGGCCCCGACAAACCCAUACUCGGCCAGCAAGGCGGCAGCGGAGAUGAUGGUGAACGCAUACUGGAAGAGCUUCAAGCUGCCCGUCAUCAUCGUCCGCGCGAACAACGUGUACGGGCCGCACCAGUUCCCAGAAAAGAUCAUUCCCAAGUUUGCGAUGCUGCUGCACCGCGGCCGCAAGUUGCUGCUGCACGGCGACGGCACGCCCACGCGGCGAUACCUAUACGCAGGCGACAUCACCGAUGCGCUCGACACCAUCUUCCACAAGGGCGCCGUGGGUCAGAUCUACAACAUCGCGUCCAAGGACGAGGUGUCGAACAUGGAGCUCUGCCGCAGGCUCUUGAGGCUCUAUGGGCUCCCGGCCAACACGCCCGAGGAGUUCAGGCGGUGGGUGGUGCACACCGAAGACCGCCCGUUCAAUGAUCACCGGUACGCCACCGACGGUUCGAAGCUCGCGAAGCUUGGAUGGAGGCAGCAGACGAGCUUCGACGAAGGGCUCCGCAUCACGGUCGACUGGUAUCGGCGCUUCGGCGAGGUCUGGUGGGGGGACAUCAGCCGCAUCCUGACGCCUUUUCCCGUGGUCGAGGGAAACGAGAUUUUCACACAGGAGGAGCAUGACGCUCUAGACGAGGGCACGCAGACGUCGGAAGAGGAGGAGUACGUGUGGAACGACAGGGCGCUAUAUCAUCUGCAGGCAUCAGGAGGCACUGUGUGA